AUGGGAGACCUGCAGAAUCCAUCGUUAGUGCUCAAGGACAUUCUCCAGUUCGAGUUUGAGGACCGUCCGGUUCCGAAGCUGCAGGAUGAACAUGAUGUUCUCAUCAGAGUGAAAUUCACCGGCAUCUGUGGCAGCGAUGUCCAUUACUGGCAACGUGGCCGCAUCGGCCAAUUUGUCCUGGAAAGUCCCAUGGUUCUUGGUCACGAAUCGUCGGGCAUUGUAGAAAAGGUCGGCUCCAAGGUGGCCUCUCUCAAAGUGGGAGACCAUGUUGCCCUCGAACCAGGCGUGCCCUGUCGGCGAUGCAAUUUCUGCAAAGGGGGCAAAUACAAUCUCUGCAGCGAUAUGGCCUUCGCCGCGACGCCCCCUUACGACGGCACAUUGGCCAAGUACUAUUCCCUACCGGAGGACCUUUGCUACAAGCUCCCACACAAUGUAUCCCUAGAAGAAGGAGCUGUCGUGGAGCCGCUCAGUGUCGCUGUUCAUCUCGUUCGGCAGGCGGAAGUCCAACCGGGCAACUCGGUGGUCGUUUUCGGGGCUGGCCCCAUCGGGUUAUUAUGCUGCGCCGUUGCGAAGGCAUUUGGCGCUGCCAAGGUUAUUUCAGUGGAUAUCCAGCAGAACAGAUUGGAAUUUGCCCGGAAGUAUGCAGCGACAUCCACUUUCCUGCCCGGCAAGGUAUCCGCUGCUGGGAAUGCCGCACGCCUCAGGGAGGAGAACGCACUCGGCGAAGGCGCAGACAUCGUCAUUGACGCGUCUGGGGCCGAGCCUUCUAUUCAGGCUGGAAUCCAUGUUCUACGGGCCGGCGGAACAUUUGUACAAGGGGGCAUGGGGAAAGAGGAGAUCAACUUCCCCAUCACGGCGGCAUGCACGAAGGAGUUGCAUGUUAAAGGAAGUUUCCGAUACGCGACCGGAGACUACAAGCUUGCUAUUGGGCUUAUUGCAUCCGGAAAGGUCGAUGUGAAGCAACUGAUCUCGGAGACAGUACAGUUUCAAGACGCAAAGCGGGCCUUCGAGACGGUGGCUGCUGGAAGCAGUAUCAAAAUGCUCAUUGCCGGGGUGCAGGCUAACUUGACAGAACAAGUAUCCACGAUAUAA